AAAAUGACAAGUAAAUACAAUGUAGAUUUUAAUAGUAAAAAAAAAAGCAUAAUGAAAUGUAAAAUGAUAUAACACAAAAAGGGCAAAAACUAAUGAAAUACUUUUUGAAAUACUUGAGAGGAGUGCACCCCAACAAAAGACAAUCGAAUGGUUUUGAAAAAAAACGAUGAAGAAUAAAACAUCUUUUGGAACUUGGUGGCGAUUACUUGCGAACAAUAUCGAUGUGCUGAGUCGAUAGCACGUACACGCAUGUUUGUACAUGUACCGGUACACUGUACUCAAUGUACUCGAUACCGAUAGCACACGAAAGGUGGGCGUGUUGUCCAUUAUUGUGUAUUGGAGGCGCUCUUCAUGUGGCAUUCACUAAUUACUACUUCCGUGUUGAAUACUGCUUCGAGGAAACCAACUGAAAGAAUCACUUCCUUCGACUCAACAGAAACUUCAAGGGAAUUUACCCUCCAAACCAGAAACAACGGAUAAAUACAAAAAUGGCGACUGGACCUGCAGUAAGCUCAGCUCUAGAGACGAUCGGCAGACAUCAUCUUGAGUGCAGCAUCUGCCAAGAGAGAUACCAACAGCCCAAGAUAUUGGAAUGUCUGCAUAGCUUUUGUGAGCAAUGUCUGCUGAAAUAUCGUAGCACGAAGCACGAGGGCUCUACAGCGAUCCCUUGCCCUGUGUGUCGGCAAGGGACGAAGCUUCCCGAGGCGGGGGUGCAGGGUCUGAAAACAAACUUUCAUCUGAUAGGUCUGGUUGAGGAGCUGGAACUUCAGGAAAAGAUAGUGGGAUCGGGCGAUACUGGUCUUUUGUGUGAUAUUUGUGAAGGGGGCAAGGAGGCAACGCAGCGAUGUCUGGACUGUGGUCAGAAUAUGUGCUCGGUAUGCAUCAAAAUGCAUCUUCGCUUCGCUUCCUCAUCAGACCACAAGGUUGCUCCCUUGGAGGACAUUCGCGAAGAAAAGGUUACAGUCACAAAGGAACAUCAGAGACAACAUCCGAAAUGUCCGAUCCAUGAGGGCGAAGUGACACGGUUCUUUUGCACGACGUGUCAAGUGUUGAUCUGCCGCGAUUGUACCGUCAUAAACCACCGUUCGCCAGAACACUCGUUCAUUGACAAAACUCUGGCCACAUCCACAUACAAGCAAUCGUUGGCUGAACUGGUUCCUCCACUUGAAAACACAAUGGAGGAACUCCAGAAAUCACAAGAGAGAGUAUCAAUAAUAAAAGAAGAUUUGGGUGUCACAGUUAAGAGGGUCAUGACAGAAGUGCAAGACAGAGCAGCUAAGAUAAGAGCACAGGUAACAGCUCAAGAAAAUCGUAUCCUGGACGACAUCAAAAAGAUCCAAACCGAUCGUGAGCAAAAACUGGGCGAAUGUGAGAAAACUGUGGGCUUGGCAGUGGAGAGGAUUCAGUUUUCACUCGAUACGGCUAGAGAGGUGACAAAGACUGCAUCAGAUAGUGACUUUCUCUCACUUUAUCCCACAAUCAGCAAAGACUUGAAUUUUUUGGCAGAUCAGAGUAUGCCUGGAGUGGACAACAGGCUCGCAUUUCUCAAGUUCAAGCAGAGUGAGGGUGUUGGUGGCAUCAGUCUGGGUCAGGUGGUAGUGGAAAGCAAAUGGGAGCUGAGUCGAGAGUUUGGUACAAUGGGAAGCGGUCCAGGAGAGUUCAGCGGGGCUUGGGGCAUAACUGCUCGUCAACCUGAUGAGAUUGCAGUGGCUGACCUCAACAACGAACGCAUAGUGAUCUGCAGCAUCGAAGGCAUGCAGAAAAGCUUGAUCCCUUUGCAAGGAAGUACGUAUCCACGCGGCAUCGCAACUAAACGCACCGAUAAUCGUUUGGUGGUUGUUGAGGACGGCGCAUCCAAUGUGAAGGUGUUCAACAACGACAACACGCUGGCAUACGAGUUCCCAACGGUGCCACCGAACGAAGUGGGUAAGACCGCAGUUGGCCUACAGAGUGUAGCAGUAAAAAAUGAUGAUACCAUCGUAGUAGGUGAUGUCCAGAGAAUGGUGUUGACUGAGCACAGCCCCACUGAUGGUAGGCUCCUCCAAACCAUACCAGUCAAUAUUAAACCGUACUUUCUGGCUUUUGGCAACAAUGACCGAGCGGUAAUCAGUGACUUUGCAUCACAGAGAGUGGAUGUUAUCGGUGACAAUGGUACUACAAAACGCACCAUCAAACCCACAAUCAAUGGUCAACCAGUAAAAUACUGUUGUGGCGUAUUGACUGAUAACUCAGGUAUCUAUGUUGCAUUGCAUAAUGGUCAGAGCACCACGACGGGUCAUAUCCAUCGCUAUGACCCUCAAGGUGGCUUCCUGCAGUGCAUUGCGCAGGGUCUGCGCUCACCCUGGGGAAUCACAUUUACAUCUGAUGGGAAGCUGGCAGUGGCUGACCACUUCUCAGUCAAGAUGUAUCACCAGGUGUGAUACGCAAUUGUAAUCAGUCAUUUCAAUUUCAAAUCAGCGGUUGCAUGUACAUAGAGAAAUGAAAUAGCGCCUCUGAUCCAACAAUAAACACCAAUAUUACGUAUAUUACUUCAAAUUUAUAAUCAAGCAAUCCAUUUUGUUGAAAACUGUGGUCAGUGGAACUUUUCUUGUGUAAUUUUGUCACAUGAAUGCGUGUAUUUGGAGCUUAUAACUGUAGUUGCUUGGUUUAAACCUUAUAACACAAUGAACAGUUUAAACAGGUGCAUAAAGAAUUUCUUAUUAAACAAUAUUAAACACUAUAUAAAACGGCACUGAUGAGGAUACCAUGUACCAUUAUUACAACUUUAAGUAGUUUAUGUUUCAAGUAAAUUGGAUUUUUAUAAAUUUAAAAUUAAAUAUUUUAAUGAAACUUUGUUUACAUAUCAAUUUCUAAAUAAUUAUAAUGAAUCGCCAUUUUUAGUAUAAUCUGGUUUUCAACAAAGAAUAUGCAGUUCCUGAAAACUGAAGAAACGCUCACAAUAAUUCUGGCAACUGCGAGCAUCGACGCAGUUGUAACAAAACAAUUAUUACCAAAAAUGUUACAGCAGUUUAUCCAUGAUUAUAACAUUUUCCAUAGACAAAAAAGCUCAUGCAAAAUUAUACCAAUAAUGAUGAUUGCAUCACAGCAAUUCUAUAAAAACGGACCCUUUAUAUGGUAUGGAAUAAAGCUGAAGGUUUUCUCCGAACGAUGACCUCGUUAUAAUUUGGUUUGUCUUUUCCCCUCAUGCAAACAUAUGCAAAGUUGCCCUUUGGGUCAAAACAAGUUAAGUGACGGUUUUUAUCGAUUUGGUGUUCCCUGCCUACAUAUAUCACGUGUCGUUCUAAGAUCAAAUACUGUAAGGAUGAAAAACUUAAAUAGCCAUUCAAGCGAAAACGUGAGAUACCAUUAUUUCAAUUUUCUUUCAAACUAAUUUCUCUGAUAAUUUAGAUGUAUUUCAUUUUAUAACAAACGACAUACGGGUUCAGACAACUGAGGGUGCUAAUGUGAUAUCAUGAAUCCUAAAGUACGUGUAUGUUUUUACACAACAGACGUUCAUUGAGUGACUAAAAUAAACAAUGAAACUCCUAAAACACACAAAAAAUGAACCCGACCACAUGCAUGUAUAGACCAACAUCAUAAUACAUGUAGGUAUUGUCAACGUUCAUACUACAGCAGCAAAUUUGCAAAACUAUUUCGUCACAUGUAGAGUCAAAUUUAAAGCUACGUUUGUUCGUUCUGUUAAAGACAUAUUUUAAUAUUAUUUAACCCGCCUGUAAAUAAGCCGUUUUAAGAAAUGUGAUCAUUCUAAGUUCAUUCUAUUUGACUUGGCUCAUUUCAAAACUUAGUUGUAUAAGUUGAAUUCAAUUGCCUCAAUAAUUGGGUUGAAUUGUGUUAAGAAGUUAAUAUUCAAGAAGAAAAUGGAAUUAAAAGAAAUUCCAUUGAAACAAGUACAGUGAUUAGCACAAAACAUCUUAAUGAUCUAGUCUAGCUCCUGUCAAAAGAAAUAUUAUUUGUUAAUUUUAUUAAAACCAAUAUAACCCUCUGAUGAUCAUGUAAAGAAGUCACAAGAAUUGUUUGAUGUAGUAACCGACAGUUCAAUAAUAUAUUUACAUAAAUUUCCUCGACAUUUGCGAUAAUAUAUUUCCAGUACAUACAUGUAAUUCAGUUUGUAAAUAAUCAAUACUGAAAGUGACAUGGCAGGAUCUUUUCAAAGGUUAAAAUUCGGCCCAUGUGUUAUAUUCUUGGCCAAUAGGAAUGUGUUAGCUACAUGUACAUGAGUUCUAUGGAUUUUAUGACAAGGAUAAGCUUUCAAUGAAAAAGAAAAACAGUGUUGGUAAUUUUCAAGUAACUUACAUACCUUUAUAAGUAUUUAAACGAGUCCAAGCAAUUUUGACACAAUUUCCUGAAAGUCUUUAACUGUCUAAAUACGUCAAAAGUGGAGUCAAAUUGAAAGCUAAAUUUGAUUGCCUUUCAAAGACAUAUUUCAAUUUCUGUAAAUACACAAUUUAUGGGAAAUGUAAAUGUCAUUCUCUGUUGAUUUGACUUCGCUUAAUUUAAAAGUGAUUUUAUUAGUUUAUUUCAGCUGCUUCAACUGAUUGGGUUUGCUUCAGAAGUUUACAAUCAAGAAGAACCUGGAUUGGAAUCCAUUGGAACGGUUUUUGUUUUAUUAUUACAACUCAUGGUAAUUAAAAUGACGAACUCCUCUAGUGAAAAAAAGUUCGAGUUAUCAUGAA